AUGGGCCACCAGGAGCCUCCGCUGGCCCGACAGAGGGCCGGACGUGCGGCUUAUAUAAAAAGGUUACGUAAAGGGCUCAGCUGGCGCGAACACGUGGAGAGCCGCGGGAGCCCGGACGCCCAGCUGUACCCCGAGAGCACUGCUGCCGUCACUCGUACAGUAGCAGGCGCCGUCGCACGCCCGACUCGGGCCGCGGCCUCCCGCGCGGCUCCGUACCCGAGGCAGCCCUGUCCAGGGGCGGACCAUCCCCAGCCGGGGGCCUUAGGAGGGAAACGCGCUGCCCGGAAGUGGAAGGGCGCCGGCCAGGUCACAAUCCAAGGUCCCGCUCUUCCGCGUCCCGGGGCCGGACGGAGGGAUGAGGCAGGGGGGUCCCGGGCAGCGCCGUUGCUGCUCCCCCCGCCGCCCGCAGCCAUGGAAACGGGGGAGGAGGACGGCGCUCGCAGAGGUACACAAAGCCCCGAGCGGAAAAGGCGAAGCCCAGUGCCGCGGGCGCUCAGCGCGAAGCUGAGGCCGGCGGCGGCGGCCCAGGCCAUGGAUCCGGUGGCGGCCGAGGCCCCGGGCGAGGCCUACCUGGCGCGGCGGCGGCCGGAGGGCGGCGGCGGGUCGGCGCGGCCGCGCUACAGCCUGUUGGCGGAGAUCGGGCGCGGCAGCUACGGCGUGGUGUACGAGGCAGUGGCCGGGCGCAGCGGGGCCCGGGUGGCGGUCAAGAAGAUCCGCUGCGACGCCCCCGAGAACGUGGAGCUGGCGCUGGCCGAAUUCUGGGCCCUGACCAGCCUCAAACGGCGCCACCAGAAUGUUGUUCAGUUUGAAGAGUGCGUCCUGCAGCGCAACGGGCUCGCCCAGCGCAUGAGCCACGGCAACAAGAGCUCCCAGCUUUACCUGCGCCUGGUGGAGACCUCGCUCAAAGGAGAAAGGAUCCUGGGUUAUGCUGAGGAACCCUGCUAUCUCUGGUUUGUCAUGGAGUUCUGUGAAGGUGGAGACCUGAAUCAGUAUGUCCUAUCCCGGAGGCCGGACCCAGCCACCAACAAGAGCUUCAUGCUGCAGCUCACAAGCGCCAUUGCCUUCCUGCACAAAAACCACAUCGUGCACAGGGACCUAAAGCCAGACAACAUCCUCAUCACAGAGCGGUCUGGCACCCCCAUCCUCAAGGUGGCAGACUUUGGACUAAGCAAGGUCUGUGCUGGUCUGGCCCCCCGAGGUAAAGAGGGCAAUCCAGACAACAAAAAUGUGAAUGUGAAUAAAUACUGGCUGUCCUCAGCCUGUGGCUCAGACUUCUACAUGGCCCCUGAAGUCUGGGAGGGACACUACACAGCCAAGGCUGACAUCUUUGCCCUGGGCAUUAUCAUCUGGGCAAUGAUAGAGAGAAUCACUUUCAUUGACUCUGAGACCAAGAAGGAGCUCCUGGGGACCUAUAUCAAACAGGGGACUGAGAUCGUCCCUGUUGGUGAGGCGCUGCUAGAAAACCCAAAGAUGGAGUUGCACAUCCCCCAGAAACGCAGGACUUCCAUGUCUGAGGGGAUCAAGCAGCUCUUGAAAGAUAUGUUAGCUGCUAACCCACAGGACCGGCCUGAUGCCUUUGAACUUGAAACCAGAAUGGACCAGGUCACAUGUGCUGCUUAAAAUUCAGGGCAAAGCAUCUUGGGUGUUUUUCAACUAGGUUGACCCUCGGGACCCACAAUCUCAUCGUGUCUCGCACAGAAUUCAGCAGAGGGCACAGGUGGUGGCUUGGCCGGUUGGUGAUCUCCUGACAGCCGGGUCUCCAGCAAUGUGAAACUUCCGUUUGGGUUUUCCCCCUUCUCUUACUUUUGCUUUAUUUUUUAUUUUUUUCCCUCCCCCUUCUUUUUUUUUUUUUUUUUAAUUUAAACGAUUAAGACUUCAGAAGAGCAGGAAGUUAUGCUGUGGACAGGCACCACUUUCUUUAAAGAAACUCAAUACGGACAAAGCAUAUGUAUAAAUUUCAUUUUUAAUUUUUAUAAGGGGUUAGGGAGCUAUUUUGUUUUUGUCCUUUAUUUUCCCUGUCUUCUUUCUUUUAUCCAUCUCUUAGUUCUGCUUAUAACUCCUCACUUCCCCAGAGAAGGCCUGCCCCUCCGUGGAGAAUUUAGGGACCUCUCCUGGAUCAGGGGGCUUGAGGACAGAAGGAGGCCUCUGUGCUGCCUCCCCACCAGGUGCGGGAACUGCUAGACUCCCUGGUGGGCGCUGGCCCUUGGGCCUUGGAGAUGAUCAGAGGCCAAGAACCACCUAGAAGGGGAAGACCCAAGCUUGGCCAGGAGAACUCAAGAAAGAAGAUCCCCGUUUGGAGUUUGUCUUCUGUAAGCGGUUGGAAACCCAGAGUCACACCAGGACUUACAGAGGGAAUCCAUUCCCUCUCCUGCCCUUCAUGACCAGGGGUUCUGAUGGGGGAGGGCCAGAAGGUGACCAUCUCUUACUCCCCGGUAAUUGAGCAGCCAGCCCACCCCAGCUUUACAAACCGACCUUUCUGUUAGUGAUCUUCCUCCCAGACGAUGAUUCCCCAGGAAAAAAUGUCGUGCCAAACCUCUGCCCAGGAUACAGCAGGGUCUUCAGCGGGCCUCUGUCACUCCUGUGAAGUCAGCACCUACCACCUCCUGCCUCCAGGAUCACCAUCUUCCCAGAUGUGCCCGCCGGAUGCCCAGGGUGUCCGAGCCAUCUGGGACCCAGCUGUGACCAUUGCCAUGAGAACAGGGUGUCCUAAUCAGGCUGUUACCCCUCACAGCGCGGCGUGUGCGCUGCGAGCCAGGCCCCGUGCUGUCGUAUGUGGUGGCAAUGCCAAGCGUCCUCUCCCUCCCUGCAGAGACUUACUGCUAGGGGCCCACCCUCAGUGUAAAUGUAUCUGAUGGGAAAGGAUGGACCUGGCUGAGCGGGUGGACCACAGCCAUCAGGUGCCUCUGGGCUUGGUGGCCGUGACUCCCGACCCCACCUCCAGUGUCUGUGUAGCCUUCCUUCAGCUCUUCGACGACACUCUUGCAGCCUCCCUCUUGUGCUUUGGAAGAGGCGUGUCCUCUCCCCUUGCCAGGAGGAGAGCUAUUCCUCUUGCCGCGUACCCGGAAGCCCCUUCAGCUGCUCCACAGGCUUCUCACCCCAGAACAGCAAGGCAAGGAAGGGAAAAGGAAUUCUUCUUUGGUGUUUAUCCUUGUUGUUGUUUUCUCUAAACCAGCAUAGAGUGGAUAGGGGGAGAUGUGGAGGGCAUUUAAGUUGGUAUGUGACCAAGGGGGUCUUCCCCCCCAAAGCCACAGUCCUUCCACCCUGGGAGUUUGGAAGAGACCAGCACAGCAUCAGCCCAGAUGCUGUGCAAACUCAGCAGUAUGUUUGCUCACAUUCUUUCCACCUUUUCUCAAGGCUUCUUCCUCCUCCUGGGCAGAUGGCUGGCUGUGGUUAGCAGGAUCCGGCAAGGCAGCAGGUGGUGACCAGGCCCCUCACUCCCCUCCCUCAGCUGAAAUCCUUUGUCAUCGCUUGGCUCUGCUCCUCUCUGACUUCUCAGACGACCUGGGUAUACGCUGAGCUACAGCGGGAAUCACGCAUCCCCUAAUUGCAGUCGAUGCCCCUUCUCCGCCCCACCUCCCUGCCCUCCCUUGGGGGCAGCUGUCUGUCUGCGAGCAUGUGGGGAAGCAGUCCCUGGACUCAGCAACCCCACCUCUCCCUGGCCACAACCCACACUCUGAAAUCCUAGUGAGGGUUCAAGUCUAACAGGAUAUUUACCUUUUGCUCAUCGUUCCCUUCCACCCUCCCCCGGUGUCUUAGCUCUGAGUAAGGUCCCAGGUGGCCAUACCUUUCGGGCGAGGUGGGUAGCCUCGGUCGGGUAGCAGCAUCCACGUACCUUUGUCUGGCAGGACUCCCAGCCCAUCCUCACUUAGUGGCAGGUCCUCCUUCCCUGGCUCCUGAGGCCCAGCUUGUUAGCCCCAAGUGCCUGUCUCCACCUCCCCCGUCUCCACUUCGUCUGCCUCGGGCACCUAGCAGCCAGUGGAAGGCAGCCCGAAGUCAAGGCUGGCUCUGCCCGGGCAGCUGCCUGUCCUUCAGCCACUCUGCAUCUCUUCCCGAUGGGGUCAGCCACCUCGUCUCUUCCUGCCUUUUCACCUGGGUCUCGGGCCUGGUAGCAGCCCUGGGGCACAUCAUCUCAGCACCACCAAUUUGUUAGUCCUGUGCAAGUUCUAGAAAUUUCCAGUCCUUAAAACAACAGUCGGUUAUUCUCCUGGGAUCUGUGGAAAGGAGAGUCUUUGGAGGGAGGAUCUGAGCUUCAUUCUCCCUCAGUGAGAGGAAUCAACAAGACAGAUCAUAGUGCCUUAUUCCAUUGCCCUCCCCGCCAGACCGUCUGGCUUAGUACAUGGCUUCUGUCUCCCUAUCCGUGUCCAUCUGUCACUUAAACUCACUCCCAUAUAGAGAUAGCCACAUGGGAGGAUGGCUUCCCCCUGACCUCCCCGUCCCUUCCUCAGCUGUGCUGCGGACAGGUGUGCAUUCCGCCCUCCUCCCCAGCAGGUCCCCGCCUCUUCCCUGCAGCCAGGAGGAUGCACGUCUCUUUCUUCUAGGCCUUCAAGGCCAGCUCCAUCUGACCCCCUCCUGGGCACCGGGACUAAGGCCGCGAACCUUAGCCUCCUCUCAUCCAGAGGCACUGGGUCAAGAGCGGAAUUCUGUCCCCUAACCUGCUGUGAUUCGUGCACCCAUGGCUGCCUUUCUGAGGGAGUGUAUUCAAUGUUUACUUAAGAAAUACUCUGUUUACAGCUGGAGGAGAAAUGUGCCCGUUGCUGGGUGGAGAUCUGACUCUCUGUACGGCUCCUGGCCUCCUUUGUGGCACUGCCCGUGGUGACCCCAGAGCGAAUGAAGGCGAGGGGCAGGGCUGGGGCACAGGCCCCACAACCCCUCUGCCCCUGACCCUGCGGUGCUAAGACCACUUGCCAUCUUCCUCACAGCCUUCAUUCCUCGCCUCUCAUUCCCUUCCUCCAAGAUCUCUCUCCUUAACAUAUCAGUUAUUUCCUAGAAAACCAGUGUUUGGAGCAAUAAGAUAAUUUUCUUUUUUUGGCUUGAGUCUUUUUCUAAAAAAAGGAAAAGAGCAGACAUUGUGGGAUUCUUCUUUCUUUUUCUGCUGUUGCUGUUUACCUUUUUAGAAGACAGAUCUAACUUGGAUGCUUAGCUGGGUUUCAGCCUCAGGGUAUCCUUAGGAAGCUUGGAGAGGUAGGAUCAGGCCUCCACCCCCUAACCCUCUGCUCCUGCCACCCAGGCUCCCAGCCCUGCCCACCAAGUGCGCGCCCACCUUUGCUCCUCUGUGCCAACCUCUCCCUGCCUGUCUUGGCUCUGCCUCUAAGUGGGGCUCUUAGGUUCUUGCCGCUUCCCCAUCCUGGGCCUGGGCAAGGGGCCCAGCCGCUGGAGUCGUCAAGACCUGGUGACCUGAGAAGACCUGAGUUGUGCUGCUCCAGGCUCCAGACCCCUGGCUUGGGGCUGAGGUGCAGCCUUUGGGACAGUGUGGGCCAUUUCUGACCCGGCCCUGCCAGGCUUUGAUGGCUAGGCCUCCUGUUUGGAGAGGAGGCGCUGGGAAUGGAGCACCAGGACGUGUCAUGAGGUUGGCUAAUGUCAGCACACAUAGUUGAGGGCUGAGUCCACUGCCAGUGGCUCCUGGAGUCCCUAAGAUGGGAGGGGGGGACGGUAAACAGGAAGGAGACCCCUGCAUCUUUUUCCCUGAGAGGCUACAGGAGGAAGGGAGUCCAUUUAGGAACAUUUUAAAGAAGUCUUUGUUCUCCAGGUGCCUCUUUCCAUCAGAGCAGGGGAGGAUGUUGGAGUGAUUUGACAUUCGUGUGGGGCCAGCUUGGGUGCGAGGGAGGUUUUAACCCAGGCACAAGGUUAGUUUCAAAGACUAGUUAAUCUAUUUUCUUUAUUUUCUUUUUUUUUGCACAGAAGCUGGUAAUCUAGGACCUACGUGUGAACAACUUUAUAUAUGAAUAUUUUUUGUACUUGGUUUACUUGGGUUGGUAUGAUACAUUAUAUUUAAGUUCCUUGAACACUGUGGAUCCCCCUAAUGUGUAUGAAUGACUGAGGCUUUGUAAAUUAAGGGACGUUUGUGUGAAUAAAGUUAUUUGAUGGGGUCAAAGAAGCCAUAUGUGAUUU